UAGAGCUGUGACUCACUUUAGCAAUAAACAGCAUGAAUUAGAUAGGAGCGUCUCACCCCCCCAAAAAAAACUACUGUCGAAGGUUGUAAAUAUUCAACCACACUUUCCUGUCCGUCACCGUGGGUGACGCCCAAUCCAACUCGAACUGUGUUAAAGGGACAGGAAGUGCGAGCCAGAGUCAUAAAGGAGAUUACGGCUGUUGGCGUCAACGAAUAAUUCUACUGUUGCAUGGUGCUCGUCGGAGAGGCGAAUUUCUUUACCGAAUGUGGUCUUUAUAACCACUGAAACUUCUUCCCACUAAAGUAUUGAAUUUAAGGUAAAGGUAUAACGAUGAACGGUAAAUCGGCGAACGGCACAGCGGGCGGAACACUGGCCUUCAUUGAGGGGCUACCACCACUACCGAAGAGCCUAAGCGGCUUGCUGAAUUCAAGCGGCGGGUCUUGGAGAGAGAUGGAAAGGAUGUAUGCAAAGAAAACCAUGAUCCAAGACGACCUUAGUCGUGGGCGAAAUAAUUCCGACAAUCUGCUUGCAAAUAAACCGGCCAACCUUGAUGCGGCUUUAGCGCUCCUCCGAAAAGAAAUGGUGGGGUUGCGUCAGCAGGAUAUGUCUUUGCUGUGUCAGCUCUGGUCCCUUCACGAGUCAAUCCAGGAGUACAAGGGCAGCUGCCAUGACCUCAGCGCCGGGCACGGGAUAGAGAAUGGCUACUUUGAUGAAGAUGAUGAAUACUACCAGGAGACGAGCACAACACCAACUGACCAACCGGAGGGAAGUGAGGCGACAUCUCCCAAAAAUGGGACUAGCAAGGACUCCUGGUUGGGAGACUCUUUCCACAUCACCAUCUGAGAGACUCAAGAGUUGAGCUUGCUUGACUCCACACAUUUGAGGCAAUAUGCUUUUUUUAAAGAGCUGUGCCAUGCAUUGUUUUGCUGGCUUAUAGUACUUUUUCAGCAGACCUUUUCAUAAAAAUAUAUAAACAAAGGUUCAUUAUUUAUUAUAAAUUAUGUUUUUUUUCCUCCUAUAACUAUGGAUGUUUUUUUUCUCCUAUAACUAUGGACAUUUUUAGUAGAGUAAUGAUUUGUUGUGAGUACUUCCAAGCUCUGUCAACACAAUGUUUACAGGGUUGAAAUCUGGAGACUGGGAAGGUCUUAAUAAACAAAAGGGAUGGGAUUCCUGUCCCUGCAAUCAGUGAGGAAGGAAAUGAACUUUUAGAUGGCAUGUAGUGGCAAUGUUGACUGUUAUGGAUUUGUGGUCUGGGUGGAGUAGGCUGGAGAAAAGUAUAGAAAUGUGAAAAAGUAUUAAAAUGCUGGAAAUGCUUACUUCUGGAAUGGUUUUAUACCAGGGUAAGUACACAUGUGCUUCUUUGAAGCCCAAUGGUAUGCUUAAUUUCAUAUUGUGCUGUGGCACUCCAUACCUUUUCAGUUAACAGUUCUUCAAUGAAACUAGAUUGUUGACUUAAGUACAGUUAUCACCAUCAUAACCAUUGUUUUCAUUUAACAAAUCAAUACAGGGUACUCAUGAAUUCAUAUAUUGACCCCCACUAGAACAUGCAUGCAUGGCAGUGUCCAUUACUUACGGUGUUCCACAGCCAACUGACACCAAGUCUGCACUCUCAACAUUUAGCUGCAUAGACUGCUCAUCAAAAUAAUAUAGGCUAGGAAGUCUAGUCGAGAAGUAAAAUUUUGCUUUUGUAUCCAGACUUUUUGUUGUGUUAACUGGUCCACAAUUCAUGUGUUUGUGGUACGCAAACCAAAGAGUAUAAUUGACACACCUGGGUUGAUUUGUAAUGGGUUUUAGGAAUGAUACUGUGCAAUGUUCUUCUAGAUGCUCCUAGUCGGUUUUAUUUUUCUUCGAUGUUACACAAUAUAAUGAAUGUGUUGUAGUACAGGAGGUUGAUCUGUUUAGAUAUGUGUUUUCUUGACUAUGAUUAAUGCCAUUUGACAAUAUACACACCAGCGGCUGACUGGAGGUCAGCUACAGAAAGCUUUCAAAAUGGGGAGUUAAAAGAAAAUGUCCUGGGUAACUCCUAUGCCUCAAUGUGCUAUGUACUGAAUAUUCUACCUCCAGCUUCACCGUAAAAUAUAUAUUGCUGCCACCAGCCCCACAUUGAAAGUCAGUAUUACAGGACAGCAGUCUCUUAUUUUUCUGCAUCACACUAAACAGAAAUCGCCACAAUUAGUGCCUUUUGUGCCCUUUAGGUCUCCAACCUUGGCUAUUGCUGUUAUCUGUCCCUUCAUCUCACAGCACUUUUCUCAACCUGGUCAUGUCCUUCAGAUGGUUUGAUGGCACACGUGGUGCAUAGUAUGCUGUAACUACAGCAGAGUUACUUGUUGAAUUCCUACCUUAAAAGGAAAAAAGAGGUUUCUUCACUAGUGUCAAUAAUCCAGAGUAAUACAGAUGUGAAAUGUAUACAACUGCAUCCCGAUGAGAUUUGGUUUCUUGUGGCGAUAUUCAGAUGAACAAUGUGUGUCUACAUUGCUUGCUGUUUGGUGUUUUAGGCUGGGCUUCUGUAUAGCCCUUAGUGACAUCUACGGAUGUAAAAAAAAAAAAAGGGCUUUAUAAAUACAUUUGAUUGGUCUUGAUUUCAUCCAGUCAGAAAGCUGUUCUUUUACCACAGUCAUUUCAAGGAGUUGGCCCAAUGAUUUCAGUCCAUAUUUUGAGUGAAAAAGUUCAAGAUGAAUGAAUCUGUUAUCUAUGUAAUAUGAUUUUCAUCUAUGAUGUAAAUUUGAUUGUUCCCUCUGACAGAACUCAAAGACAAUAUUUGAAGGGUUUGUUUAGUUUCAAUCCAUUCCUCAUAUUUGUUAUUUUUAGUGAAUGACCAUACUACUGUUUUUGGAAAAUUGGUUGUAUGCUCUUUUAUGUAAUAGUUAUACUUAUGGAUUUAAUAAAAUUACUUUACUCAAA